AUGGAUACUAUCCGGUCGCAAACCCAGGGAUCUAACUCCCAAAACUCGAUCCCAUCGGAUCAGAUCACCUCGAACAUCAGUAGCAGCCAAACUGCUGAUGCAUCGAGAGAUCAGAUCGCGCCGAAUGUUGGUAGCCGCCAAACUGCCAACACUUCGAACACGCCGAUCACAUCUGCUACCGCCUCCACUGGAGUGCAGCUUAGCACUCCACCUCGCGUGGAACCAGUGGUGAUCAAUCUCGCCACGCCGGUAGCAACCCCGAGCCCGAUUCUACCGAAUCUGGGUUCGCACACCAUCGAGAGACCUCUCUCUCGAGUUUGGGUCAGAUCGGAAGAUCCCCCAACAACUGUGACUCCACAGAGUCGGACUAUUCCUGUUCGACCUGCAUCUGCGACGCUGGAGAGACAUGAGAGACGCCUCGCUGAAUCUCGAAACAUCACUAGCCCGCCUCCGCGGACUCAGCUCGAUUUUUCGACGAUCUACGCAUCUGGCAUACCUCAGGCGCAAUUCGUUACGCCUUCGCGACCUCAAGUCUCUCAGACUUUCGGUCCACCGCCGAGCUCGCCACCAGUUGGCAUAAACAAUACGAGCUCGCACCCAAGCGAGACGAGAGCUCAACCGAACGUUCCGCUCUCAUCUCCACCCCCAGGGCCACCUGGUACCGAUCCAGCUAGGCCUAGGUGGUUUGGCGCUUCAGCUUUUGCCUCGAGCUCGCAGGCAAUGCCUCAGUUUGAGAAUCAGCUAGGCGCGACAUACGGUUCACAGCCCUCCGCAACAGCGCGAGAGCACGUGAACGGGAAUUAUCAACAAUUCCCUAGCUCGAACGGUCAGCCCAAUCGAGCUCAGUUCCUGAUAUCGACAGAGUGA